AUGUCCUCCUACAAGUCCACCCUUCGUUUCUGUCCUGGUUGCAACAAUUCCAAUUGGAUGAUGGGCAAGAACGAGAAGAUGGAACUUGUCUUCACUUGCAAAGUUUGCGAAUGCAUGGAGGUUGUGUCCAUGGAGGGGCAGGACGCAAAUGAAGCAGGUAGCAAGAAGCGGAUGGACGACUUGUGUGUCUUUCGACAUGAUGUUCUCUUCGUGGCCAAGGAAUCCAUCAUCGUCAUGCCGGAUGUAAUCCAUGAUCCCACGUUGCCUCGGGUCUACGACUAUGACUGCCAUGUUUGUGGGCAUCAUGAGGCUGUGUUUUAUCGGCUGUCAGAAACCAUUGUGAGUGAUGCGAUGGCCAUCAUCUACGUUUGCUGCAAGUGUUCCAAUUGGAGAACAGAAGGCCGAGAGGUCCAGUAUUCUGUACCAGAAGGGCUCGAUCGCCCUGGAAUGGCGGAGAAAACCGGGAACGACAAAAGUGGCGGCCGCAAGCUGGCCGAAAUGGACUAA